CUGGGCGGCGCCAAGGCGGUGAGGGGGCGCGGUCACCCAGGACGAGGCGCAGAGGGCCACGUCCCCCACCCCUGACUGGUGAAGAAGUCCGCCCCGGUGUGUCUCCCUCGCGGCCUCCAGACAUGUCCGAAGUGAAGAGCCGGAAGAAAUCAGGGCCGAAGGGAGUCCUCGCGGACCCCGGCCAGCGGAGCGAGGGCGGGAGGAACGCGGAGCCCCGGGGCGGCGGGGGCUGGGCAGACCCCCGCACGGGCCUCAGCCUCCUGUCGCUGGGGACGUGUCUGGGCCUGGCCUGGUUUGUAUUCCAGCAGUCAGAAAAGUUCGCAAAGGUACAAAACCAGUAUGAGUUACUGAAAUUAGAAACCACCGAUUUCCAAGGACUUCAAAGCAAAAUCAAGUUAAUUUCAGAAAAGUGUCAGAAAUCUGAAGCUAUCACGGAACAAUUGAAGUCUUUACAAAUAACUGCUCAUCUAAAGCGUCUACAGGAGGAAAUUAAUGAGGUAAAAAGUUGGUCCAACAGGAUAACUGAAAAACAGGAUAUCUUGAGCAAUAAUGUGACAGCUCUUUCUCACGACAUUACCAAAGUAGACCAAAGGACAGCUUCCUUGGCAAAAGAUGUCGGUCUCAAGGUGACAACUGUAAAGACAGAUAUACGGCGCAUUUCGGGUUUAGUAACUGAUGUGACAUCAUUGACCGAUUCCGUACAAGCACUGGAAAGUAAAAUAGUGACAGUCGAGGAAAACACAGUGAGGAACAUAGGUGACCUUCUCUCAAGUAGCAUUGACCGAACGGCAGCUCUCCGCAAGACGGCAUCUGAAAACUCCCAAAGGAUUAACUCUGUUAGGGAGACGCUCUCUAAGCUGAAGCAUGACUUCAACAAGCACACGGACAGAUUCUUAAGCUUAGAAAGUGACAGAGCUAAAGUUCUGAAGACAGUGACCUUUGCGAAUGGUCUAAAACCAAAGGUAUACAACCUAAAGAAGGACUUCGCCCGCUUGGAACCGUUGAUCAACGACCUAACGCUUCGCAUUGGGAGACUGGUUACUGACUUACUACAAAGAGAGAAAGAAAUUGCUUUCUUAAAUGAAAAAAUAUCCAAUUUCACACUAGUCCGGGCUGAGAUUAGUGAUAUCAAAGAUGAAAUAACACACAUCUCAGAUAUGGAUUAGUUUGGCAUUUAGAAUAGACUAAGGUGGCCUUUUUUUAAGUAGGAACAAUGUUAUGUAUGGAAAGACUGAUCAGAAACAAUGAUAUUUUGGAAAGAAUACAUUUUGUAUUUGAUUGUUUUUAUAGUAAAAAUAAAUGUCUUAACACUUUAUUUUCCAAAAUAAAUACACUUGCAACUUUAUAGAGCAAGAACCUCACCCAUACCCCCGACAUGCAUGUGCUUAGACAGUCACACACAUGUA